GCUGCGUUCUAGAACCUUGCCCUCUCCAAUGCCUUCCUCACUCUGGAACACACUGCUGUUUCCCACAGGACAGCCUAGCAUGGCAGGAUUUUGCUGGCCCUGGACAGUGACUUGAGAGCAGGCUGUGAGCAGGAUGCGCUGGCGGGACCGCUUAGCUGUGUUAUACUUCCCCCCAGGCCUGAUGCUCACUAUAGCUGCACUCAUUCUCUUCUUCAUACACAUGGGUGUCUUUGCUAGUGAUGUUCACAACUUCUGUGUCAUCUACCACUACGACCGCAUGAGCUUCCCUUACACGGUUGUACUGAUAUUUUCCCAGGUGAUCAGCAUCGGCUGGGCUGCCAUGGGGUCACUCUACGCAGAGAUGACUGGUGACAAGUUUCUUAGAUGCUUUGCUUUGACCAUCCUGAUCCUCAAUGGAGCCAUGUUCUUCAACCGCCUGUCCCUGGAGUUUCUGGCCAUCAAUUACCGAGAGGAGAGACACUGA